UGAACAAAACAAAAACAAUGUGCAAAGUUCGGUGCCUUCGAUCGUGUGCGGGGAAGUUUCAACUCAACGUUUAAUAAAAUUUAAUACAAAAUUUAAAAGUAAAUUUGGAUCCUUACAAAAACUAAAAUGAAAAGGUUAACAGCUAAAAAACAAAAAUUACGGGAAUCGGUCACAAACUUCGAACAAAACGAUGAUUACGAUUCAAUGAUCGAAAACGGAACGGACGAGUACUCUGAUGAUGAGCGGAAUAACGAGUUCCAGCAACAAGAAGGUAGCGACAGUGGCCAAGAAAGUGGUGGACGUUUUGUGCGGGCGCCUAUCGUGGAAAGCAAGCAAGAAUCUAAACGGAUAGGAAAGCGCAAAUCUACCAGCGAUAGUCACGAUGAGGAACAUCUGAAGAAGAUUAAAGCCAUGAAGCAGCUGUACAAAGCCCCUACGGUGGAGGAAAUCAAUCGUUUGAAGGAAACGGAAAACUUCUACCACUCGAAUCUGUUUCGGCUGCAGGUGGAGGAGAUACUCAAUGAGGUCAAGGUGAAGGUGAAGGUAUUGAAUUACGUGGAGCAAUGGUUAGGAGACUUUCGCAAGUUUCUACGGACGGUCAAAGAUUCGGUCAGUGAUCGAUCGCUGAACAAUUUUGAUUAUGAAGGAAUCAGUUACCCGUUGGAAACAUCCAACAGUGAACACUUGUUAGACAAGGAAAAUUUCAAAUUUAUCCAACAACGAAUCGUCCAUCAGAUUGGGUCCACUCGUUUAGGCACAAGCUAUGGAAAGCCGCUGAUGGUGGAUUUGCUUCUGGAAAUCCCGGACAAGUGCUUCCGCAAGCAUGACUACCUCAAUAUGAGGUAUCACUACAAGAGGGCACAUUUUCUAUGCCAUUUAGCGGAAUCGUUGGGAAGACAGUGCAAAUAUCCUUUGGCCUCUAAGAUGCGCUUCGUACCUUUCAAAGGAGAUGCUCGGAAACCUGUGCUGGAGCUGACGCCGAAUGACGAGAAGUUCGCGAAGCGAGUGCUUUUUAUUCUGCAUGCUGGACCGAUGGGGAAAUUUUCUACGAACAGAUUUCUUCCAGAUAAAAAUAACGUUCGACCAGCUUUGAUUGAAAAGGAGGUGACAUCAGAACUGUGCCCCACUCCGCACUACAACUCGUCUAUUUUGUGUGAUAUACGAUUGCUGAAGAAUCAAGAAAUAUUGGACAGCAUUCUCCAGGCCGAACAGGUUCGCCAAGCUAUCAUCUUGCUGAAAGUGUGGAUUCACCAACGAGGCUUCGAUGCAGGUUACUAUGGCUUUGAUGGUUCACUGGCGACAUUCUACAUCGCGUACUUGAUACAGACGCGUAAAAUCUAUAGUAGCAUGAGCAGUUACCAGAUUAUGAGAUUAUUCUGGAAUCAGCUUGCCAAUAGUCAUUGGGAUACAGAGGGAAUCACUAUGGAAUCGAGUGCCGAUCUACAGCUGCAUCGUCAGACGUGUGAAGUCGUAUUUCUUGAUGCAUCUGGGAUUUUAAACAUCUGCGAAAAUCUGUCCGGAGAUUUAUACCGACGUGUGAAGCAGGAAGCUGCAGCAGCAAUCAAUUUACUGGAUAAUCAAAAAGACAACAGCUUCAUUCCGUUGUUCCUCAGUAAAUACCCUCCUCAUACGCAGUACGAUCACAUAUUGAGCAUUGGGAAACCCGAUCUGAUACGAUCCGCUGUGGACACCUUUGGCUCUGACGAAGAUAAGCUGAACUUCUUCGGCAACACAUAUGCUCAUUUCCGUAAAAUGGUCCAUCAGCUGUUGAAAAGAGGACUUGGAUCACGGGCUUCGUUGAUUGUACCGAUCGUGGUUCAGGGCACAGCGGAUCUCUCAUUAACAUUCGGUAUUCAACUCAAUCCCCAUGAAGCGUUCUCCGUGCUGGACAAAGGUCCAGAAGCAAUCGAUAAGGCUGCAUCCGAUGAAUUCCGCGAAUUUUGGCGCGGUAAGUCUGAGUUACGUCGUUUUAAAGAUGGUUCCAUUACGGAAUCUGUCGUUUGGGGGACGAGCUCAGAUCCAAUCGGAGAAAAGCGACUUAUUUGCAAGAAAAUUGCGCUAUAUUUGCUGAAUGCACAUUUUGAUCUUCCGGAAAUAAAACUAACCUAUCUAGCGCAGCAGUUCGAGGUUUCGGUCAAGCCGUUAGAAAGUGAGUUACAUGAAACGGUUGAGGAACGCUCGUUGGCAUGUAUCCGGGCAUUUGAUAACUUCAGUAAAAUCGUAAAAAACUUGGAUGGACUCCCGUUGACGAUCAACGCGUUAACCGGUACCGAUGCGGUGUUUCGUUAUAGCGAUCCAGAUCCACCGAGUCCGACAGCGAAGGCACUGUUAGUUAAUGGGCAGUUGAUGUUCCUCUCGUCACAUGUUGUAAACGCGACGAUCCAGUUGGAGUCUAGCGGAAAGUGGCCUGAUCAGUUGGAUGCGAUUAGAAAGUUGAAGGCUGCCUUCUAUUUGCGCAUUGCCGAAUGUAUCCGGACGUACGCUGGAGCGAGCGCAGAGCUUGUUCCGCAGGCUUGUUUCGACUACCUCGACGUUAUGUACGAAAAAUUCCUCUUCCGGCUGCACAUCAUUCACCAGCGAGAGAUCACCCUUCAACGUGAAUAUCUCUCGGAGAACAAAGUUACGAAACUGUACCGCGAUUCGGACAAAAGCGUCCAGCUAGAAAUGCAAGCCACGAUUCUUCCGAAAUUGACCAGUAUCCUGCACGGCCUCCACCAGCAGUACUUUUCGUUCGGCUCGGUCGCAGCCAUGGCCAAACGAUGGCUCUACUCGCAGCUGAUCGAUCCGUUCCUGUGGCCUGACGAGUGUACGGAGUUAAUCGUAGCGUCGCUGUAUCUGAAACAGAAUCCCACCCUACAACCGCAAGCCGGAUUUUUGCGAUUCUUGGAAUAUUUGGCCAAUACGGAUUGGAACAAGGAGCUGGUGUUUCUUAACUUUAACGACGAAAUAUCGGAGGAAAAGCUAGAGGAGUUAGAGAAGCAGUUCAUUGAUAAGCGAGAUAGUUUUCCACCAUUGGCAAUCGUUACGUCUUGCGACUCCGAGAAGUAUGGGUUGUUCGCUAAGCGUGCGCCCAGCCUAGAGGUUUUGAAUCGGGUGGUAUUCCUGGCGAAAAAUGUAGUAGAUAUAAUUGGAAGUGACAUCUAUACUAUUCGGAAUAAGGUUCAUAUUUUCUACCUGCCAUCAUAUGAAGGGUACGACUUGAUCAUCCACUUGGAUUCUACUAUCAUCCCUGCAUCGGGUAUAACCAGUGUGGAGCACUAUACCAAAGCCAAGAGGGAACAGCUGAUAGAAGAAGAAACGAAAAAUCCAGCGGCUGGAUUCAACCCCGUGCAAUUUUACCUCCAGGAGCUUAGAGAAGGAUAUCGAAACUUUGCCGUGUUUUUCUACGACCAUUGUGAUGGCGAUCGAAUUGCAGUCCUAUGGAGACCAGAUGCUCUCGAAGAAAAGGCUUUCACGACUAGCAACAUUAAUGGUCGUAUACUUACACAAAAGGAAACCCUUGAAUUGAAUAAGGAAGCUCUCAUAAGAGACUUUGAAAUCAUCGGGAAAGGAUUAGUACUAAACAUUGAAAGACAAUCUAACUAAAAUAUCAAUAAUAUAACGUUUACAUCGAUCAGUUACACAAAAA